AUGGAUAUUUUGUGGUUCGUCUAUAAAAGGAAUACCCUUCUAUUUCCCAGUCUCAUCGCUAACCUCCAAGCUUCUUUGCAAGUGACUAAGAGAGACAUGGAAGGCUCAUUUUCUAGCCAUUUCCUUGCAGCUCUUAUCAUUUUUCUUUCCUUCACUUCCUGUGCAAACUUAAGCUCAGCAGCCAGGCCUGCUGCAGAGAAAGCCAGCACCGAGUUCAUCCGAACAUCUUGUGGUACAACCACUUAUCCCAAACUUUGCUACACCUCCCUCUCAGCUCAUGCCAGUGUAAUCCAAACCAGCCCAAAGCUUCUAGCAGACACAGCCCUUGCUGUGACCCUUUCAACCGCACGAUCUACAUCAUCCCUGAUGUCAAAGAUGGUGCAAAGUCAUGGCCUAAAGCCUAGAGAAGUUGCAGCCAUGCACGACUGUGUGGAAGAGUUGAGCGACUCAGUAGAUCAGCUUUGA